CUCCUCACUCUCCUCACUCUCCUCUACGAUUACUCCAAUACUCCAAUACCCUGCCGCUACUUAUCCGCCGCGCUUCGCUGUUCGAACUGUUGUUUUUUUACUCUCCGCCGCUCCUGGCCCUGCCUCACUUCUCUAUUGUACAGGAAAGAAAAAGUACUCUUCACCAAUGACAAAAAGUUACUUAUUCGCUCAAAAACCAGGCCCUCCAUCAUUCCGCUGUCCCACGCCCCUCCCCGACCCCACUCGCCUUUAUUACGUCUUGGCCCCACAAGCACCCACAGGCAUCCACUAUUCGGAGUACGCUACCUUGCUACUGAAUACCCACUUCGCACUUCGGAUCUCAGAUGCACAGAAGCCUCUUUCGAAACAUUCAUGACGACCCAUAUCCCUGCUCCGAGACCAGCCCAUCCUUCCCGACCGACCCAUUCACUUAUUUCUGCGAGAGAACGUGCUGUCUUUAGCCGCGCCAAACCGAUCCCGUUUGCUCCAUACGCUCCAUACGCUCCAUAUCCGCUCCAUAUCCGCUCCAUACCUUACCUCACACAAGCACACGCACACAAUCACACCUUGCCAGCCUUGAAACCAAAACAAGGCUGCCAGCCGUUGUCUCCUUCCCAGGGCAGUGGGACUAUAAGUGGACUUGGUACCCAUUACUGCACCACCUUGGUGUCACCCGCUGCGAAAAAAAGAAAGAGUGUUAUUACGCAAGAAAGAGGAAACUACGAAUCGGGUCUUUACAUACAUCCUCACUGGUGACACAAGGAAUCUGUCACAGGCUGCUCUCUCUUAUACCUCUCCUUCCCGACACACUCGCCAACGUUACACGACGGUUUCUCAAACGCACGUUUGCACCACCGCCACACCAACUUACACCACACUCACACCCCUACCAUACAUUCGGACGCGCGGAGCCCAGGAAACAUUCCUGACGACGCACUGCAUAACGCUUGACACCCGCGUGUCUUGGAACGGAAACGGAGAUCGCCAACCAUUGGAAGUUUGAUCGGCUACCUACAGGUGUUGAAAGUGAUUCGUCGUUUCUUAGAUCCGCCAGUCAAAUCGUAGACCCUCUUUGGGUCCAAACGCGACUCCAAAAAGGUCGUUGUCCUCAUUACCAGAUACCCUACUGCAUUACACAUACACGACGUUGCCAAUGCUGUCAAUAUAGAAACGUCUCUAUCCUUCAGUACACGAAAGAGCAGGAGCAGUAGCAUAGUUGGGAAAGAGGCCAAGGGCUUCAUGAGGUUCUCCCGAAUCGCAAUGAGAAAGUCGAAACGACCGAAACAAAUACCUCAACAAAAUCACGAAGAAAAUACCGCUUAUCCCUCGCCGAGGUGCUCUGCGGUCGUCUUCGACUGGGACGCCGACGACGAAUUCAUGUCGUCUAGCGACAACCUGCCAUCGAGGCCACUGAGCCUUGCCAUACCCGCUAGACCAUACUGCCCGCGAAGGCCGACACUGCGAGAGGUGCUCACAAACUCGGCGCCGCCGCCAUGGACGCUCAGCGCCUUCAUGGCCUACCUAUCACAAAAUCACUGCUUGGAAACACUAGAAUUUACAAUGGAUGCUUCGCGGUACCGGAAACAUUAUGAAACAUUACGAGAGAAUAGCCCUGGGCUACUAAUAACACCGUCGACGGAGGGUUGCGAAUACGUUCGUAUGCUAUGGCAGAAGCUGCUGGAUGCCUACAUCACACCGAAUGGACCCCGCGAGGUCAACUUACCGUCCGACGUUCGCGAUCGUCUCGUCUCUGCCCCAAGCCACUUCACACCACCACACCCCUCACAACUCGAUACGGCCGUCAGGAUAGUGUAUGAUCUCAUGGAGGAGAGUGUCCUUGUGCCCUUCCUUAAUUCCGUCUCGGUAACGCGAGGCCCCACCACCUACUGGAGUCCGUACGCGUCGACGGAUGAUAUGUCGGGUAUGCUCACACAAGAAUCCCGUAACCACUCCGGAUCCUCUUCACAGUCAGGUUAUGGGAGUUCGAGUCGCGACACGCAAACCUACUCUGGACCUCUACGCCCGUCACAACCUUCUCAUCUUGCGCUUGCCCUUAAGCGUGGCCUGGGUUCUCACUAUACCUCACCUACGACCAGCAACGCCGAAGCAAACGACGACUCCUACACCGACGACAGCAUGAGCAGCGCUGACUCUCCGACUUCCCUUGGUGAGCCCAUGACACCCCCAAUCACACCACCCACAGCCGACUCGUUCGACUCCUCGGAUUCAAGCCCAAAGAGUAAAUUUGGCGGGUCCGCCUGGGAGAAAAUGGGCUUCAAAUGGGGACUCCGCAAGACCCGCCCCUCCCACACCUCCGAAUCCAGCACGAGCACCUCGAGCUACCCCCACGCGUCUCGCCACAAUACCAACCAAUACAACCCGAGCACAUCCAGCAGCUACCCGCACGCCCCCCCUCCGCAAUAGGGAGCGCAGACCGCGCCGAGAUCCUCCGUCCCCCACGCUCCGCCGCCCUCGCAGAGG